CACACUUGUAAAUUCAAUUAUACCCGCUAUCUUCGUUAUGUCAUACUGAUGAAUUACUUUAUCAUAGGACAAACGCUUCAUUAAAGCGUUUUCAAACUCAAUCGGCCCACUGUCAAAUGAUUUAACUGUUGGUACUGAAUCCAGUUUCUCGAUCUGAAAAUACCUAGGCACCCCGGCAAAUUCAAGUAUUAAGUGCAGAGAGCGAAUAUAACAAAUAUAGUAUUUUGUUUAAACAUUGUAUCGGUACACAUUCAGAGACUUGAUUUGAGAAACCCUAGGCAAAAAGACUACUGAAGAACAACAGCUUGCAUCGACAAUUUCUCUGCUUCACUGAAGAUUUUCUACCCAAAUGAAGUUUUGUGAAAGUACUUUAGGAACCUUGUUUAUACAUACUCUUGAGCUAAUUUCAUUCCAUGGAUUAAGAAGUAUAUUUGACGCCUUCUUUCAAGCACCACUAAUGAAAGAUAAUACACCGAAAAAGAUACUGAACCAACUGCCCAUAUUUCUCUUAUUUGGAAAGCUCGCCAUGAAAGGUUUUCACUUUGUAUACCCGCCAUUUGUAUGUUACGCGGAUAUCACCUCCAAAAA